AUGGCAUCCGAACAGGUGGAGGAGGAGGACGCCAACUAUUUCUGUGAUUACGCAUUCUCAGUGGAUACUUCUCAGCACCAGCAAUUUUUUCGUAAGACGCUGAUCGUCAACGGCCGUCCCUGUGAAGGUCUAUUGGAUACAGGUGCUACCCGAUCGGUGCUAGCCGAUGAUGUUGUCCAGCCAACGCGAAAGAGUGAUCGAAUUUUGAAAGCGUACAAUGGCGGCAUCAUCUCGACACUCGUCGCGUCUGGCCGCCAAAUCCUGUAUGGCCCGGAGGACGUCAUCUCCGAACUGGAGUUGCUGACCUCUGCUGAAGUCAAUGUGGUGAACGUGCCCAUCUCUAUCACAGCGGACCCUGACACCACUCCAACAGCACUCCCACCCCGUCGGCACGCGUUCAGCAUCCGGGAUGAAAUUGCCAAGGAGUUGGAUCAUCUGGUGAAGCAUGACAUAAUCGAGCCAGUGCGAGAAGCUACUCCGUGGGUCUCACCGUUGAUGCCGGUCAGGAAGUCGAGCGGUGCUUUGCGUCUCUGCGUGGACUACCGCAUGCUAAACAAGAUCGUAGUCCGGGAGCGUCACCUACUUCCCACCGUUGAGGAAAUCAAUGCACAGCUGGACGGUGCAACAGUGUUCUCUGUUCUGGAUGCUGAAUCUGGCUUUCACCAGCUCCCUUUGGCCGAUGAAUCUCGUCCGUUCACCACUUUCGCAACGCACAAGGGCCUCUUCAGAUUCAAGAGACUCCCAUUUGGCAUUGCUUGCGCACCGGAGAUAUUCCAACGCGUGGUGUCUGACAUCCUUGCCGGCCUACCUGGAGUUAUUGUCUAUAUAGAUGACAUUCUCAUCUAUGCCCGCAAUCGACAGGAACACGACGAGCGCAUGGCUGCCGUACUCCGUCGUUUGAGCGAAGCCCAUCUGCGCUUAAACUGGGAGAAGUGUCGAGUACGUCAGUCAGAAAUCAAGUACUUGGGACACUGGCUGAGCAAGGAUGGUGUGCGUCCUGACAGUGACAAGCUACUGGCAAUCCAACAGUUGCAGCUGCCGCAGACCUUGACAGAUGUACGUCGUUUCCUUGGUAUGGUGACGUACCUUGCCAAAUCCAUACCGCAGCUUUCACAGACAACUGAGCCGCUGAGGAAACUGGCUCAGCGACAACCGUUCAUCGUUGAUGAUGCGCUGACAGCCGCAUUCACCGACGCAAAGACAGCCGUGGCCUCGUCGCCAGAGUGCUUAGCGUACUUUAAGCCAUCCUUGGACGUCCCAACCAAGGUAACAUGUGACGCAUCUCCACUUGGUCCGGGUGCUAUUCUGUGGAAGCAAGACAAGAGAGGCACUUGGUUACCUGUCACCUGCGCCAGUCGUUCACUGUCCGAUGUUGAAUCCCGCUAUCCCCAGUUGGAGCACGAGAUGCUUGGUAUCGUAUUCUCUCUGACUCGAUUCCGACAAUACGUCCUGGGGAGAUCUGUUCAAGUUGUGACCGACCACAAGCCCCUGAUCUCAAUCGUCCAGAAGCCGUUUGACGAAGUACCACCACGGCUGCAGCGCUGGAUGGUCGCUCUCAUGCCAUACCAGUGCACCUUCUCACAUGCACCUGGGAAGCAGAUGGUGUGUGAAGACACAUUGUCAAGAGCGCCUGUCCAAGACUCAACUGCCUCACCAGAAGAAGCCCGCUCUAUGGCCGAGUUCAUUGGCCUGGUCUUGGAAGAGUGCCCAGUCAAUAUCGACGAUAUCGCCAAGGCGACUAGUGAUGACUCCCUGUUGCGCAGCAUACAGCAGCGCGUCUUGAUGCAAUCAUGGUCGCAAGUCACACCCGCCGAAGAGCCAUACUACCUUAUCCGAUAUCAGCUGACGACCAUUGACGGCAUCCUGCUAUUCGGUAACCGCUGUGUAAUACCAGAAGCUCUCCGACAUGCCGUACUGCAGUUGGCCCACGAAGGUCAUCCGGGUCGGGACAUAUUCAAGGAUGCUUUGCGACGACGAGUAUGGUGGACCGGCAUGUCUAAAGAUGCAGACAAGUUCGCCGAGCAGUGUUCGGAGUGUUGGCGCCGUCAUACAAACCCCGCACAAGACCUGCUGCCAUCAGAAAUUGAAGAAGCGUGGCAGAAACUGGCGGUUGAUCUGGUGUGUAUCGAGGGUCAACAAGUAUUAUCCAUCGUUGACUACGGUUCACGCUAUCCGGAACUACUUCCCUUGUCAGCUACCACAACCGCAGCUGUCAUUGACCGGCUGAUGGAAGUAUUCGCGAGGUUUGGCCUGCCUAGCGUGUUGGUGUCCGACAAUGGCCCCCAGUUUGCCUCAGCCGAAAUGGCCCAGUUCCUGCAGUGGUUGGGUAUUCAGCACAAUCGAUCAAGCCCACGCUACCCCAGAAUUAAUGGCAUGGUGGGACGUCUUCAUCGAGUCGUCAAAGAGAGAAUUUAA